GGCUUGGUUGCAUUUGUGUUGCUGUCAUUUGGGGAUGUCAGCUUUAGAUCUUGGUGCCUUCAGCAGCAUCUUCAGAUCUUGCUGUCAGUCAGGGACUGAUUUUCAGUCUUUAAUUUUGUACGCAUUCCCUUGCCUCGUGCUGCAGUUGGGAAUGUUCAUUCUCUCAGGAAGGAGGUGAUGUGAAUUCCCUCCUGCAGGGCUGAGGUGACCCUCGGUUACUGCUGAGGGACAGGCUGUGCAGGAGCUGCUGAUGAAACACUGCCCAGGAGUUAGUGGGCCAGCAAGGGUGUCCUGCUGCACAGAAGAACUUAGUGCUGCAUGUAAAUACCAGAACUGGAGUUUAAGUUUCAAAGUACGGGAUCUGUGUAAAUAAAAGUAUCUCAACAAAUUGAUAGCAUUUCCUAUCAAAUGGGUGUAGGGAGUAGAGCUGUCAUUUUUACUUAGAAAUUAUGGCAUCAGCACGUUCAAACUUCUCAGGUGUUGGCUUUCCAGACUUGCACAGUUACCUACCGUUACUUGAUUUUCCCCUUAACUUUCCUGAGAAUUUGGCAGCCAAAGCAUUUGUAGAUCAACUUCUUUAUUUUUGCAUAAUGGUACACAAUCAUACUCUCUGCCUGGGAAAAACCAAGUAAAUGACUUCCAGCUUUAAAAUGAAAUGUCUGUGCUUGUAUGAAAGAAUUCUUUUUGUUCUACAUAAACAAAGUUUGACAGCUCGACAGGACUGAAAGCAGAAUCUUGGCCUUUUAAACUGGUAAAUUUGACAAGUUUUAAACUUGUAAAUGUAGUAAUUACAGAGCAUCAACAGGAAGGCCUAACAAUGUUCCCUGUCUUCUGUAAACUGUUAAUGCUUUGAAGCAAAUAGUGAGGCUCUGAAACCAGAGCUGUUCCCGGGAUACUCUGAUAUCCCACUGGGUAGGGGAAGAGUUGUUGCUCUGGGCCCGUGAGCUCUUGAGGUUGUGUUGCUGGUUGAUUGUUUUGGUCCUCUCUCCUCUUGAACAGGAACCAUGCCCAAGGAAGGAGGGAAGCAUGCUGAAAUGGGAAAAGAAACACAGGCACAGUGUAAACGAGCAAAGCUGGAAGCAGCUUGUUCUCCCUCAGCCCUGAGUUUUGAGAACCCAGACAGCCUCUUCGGGAGCUUGAUCUCCCCCAUCAAAGAAGAGGUGUUUUUCAAGGAGUACUGGGAGCAAAGGCCACUGCUCGUGCAGAGCAAUGAUCCCCUGGUGGCUGCUUACUCCCUGUCCCUGUUCCAGCUGUCAGACUUGAAGGAGCUGUGCAGCCAGGGCCUGUACUGUGGGCGAGAUGGGAAUAUCUGCAGGUGUGUGAAUGGAAAGAAGAAGGUUUUAAAUAAAGAAGGUAAAGUGAAUUACAUGCAGCUGAGGAAGGAUUUUGACCAGAAAAAGGCAACAAUACAGUUUCAUCAGCCUCAGAGAUUUAAGGAGGAGCUGUGGAAGAUCUUUCAGGAGAAGCUGGAGUGCUACUUUGGGUCUCUGGUGGGGUCCAAUGUUUCCAUCACUGCCCAGGGAUCCCAGGGCCUUCCUCCUCACUAUGAUGAUGUUGAGGUAGGACAGCACAACCUUGCCUGGGAAACUAAAAAACACUGGGAUAUAUAUUGUCAGACUGUCUGCUCAGAGAGUAUUUUCUCUGACUGCAAUAAGGUUUGACCUGGUGCCCUGAAUAUAUCAAUUUUCUUGCAGCCAGGUGACUUACUGUACUUCCCAAGAGGGACCAUCCACCAAGCUGACACUCCUCUUGGGACCUCCCAUUCCACACACGUGACCAUCAGUACCUACCAAAACAACUCUUGGGGAGAUUUCUUACUGGAUGCAGUUCCUGGCCUGGUGUUUGACACAGCAAAAGAUGACGUGGCGCUGCGGACGAGCAUCCCGAGGCAACUGCUGAUGCAGGUGAAUGCAGCUGACCCCACCAAAAAGCUGAGCAGCCUUUUGAGGAGGCUUGCAGACCACCUGGACCACACCAGGGAACUGAGGUCGUCUGACAUGAAGAAGGACUUCAUUGUGCACCGGCUGCCGCCUUGCUUGGGAUGUGACUCCGAUUCCUUGACUCCAGGUGGGAAAUUGCCAAAAAUAGACAGCAAAAUCAGACUGCAGUUCAGAGAUCACACUCUCAUCUCCGUGGAACCAGAUCAAGAGAAUGCUGAUGAAAUUCGCAGGGAGAUGGUUUAUGUGUAUCAUUCCUUAAGAAACAGGAGAGACACUCACAUGAUGGGGACAGAUGACACUCAGACUCAUGGGCUGCGCUUUCCUUUGUCAUACUUGGAAGCACUGAAGCAGAUUUGGAGUAGCAGCACUGUUCAUGUUAAAGAGCUUAACCUCACCUCAGAUGAAGAGAAAGAAAACCUUGCCUUGUCCCUGUGGAGUGAAUGUCUGAUUGAAGUUCUUUGAUGCUUCUGUGAAUUAGCUGCUCCUCUAAAGGAGUGUUUCUGUCUAUUAAGCAUCUCCUGAGAGCGAGGCUUAUUAAAUUACUUUUUUAUCCAUC